AAAGUCUACCCAAGGCCGCCCUCUCUCUCCCGUUUCAUCAUGACCAAUCAGGUUGCCCAGUUCAAAACUGUUCUUAGCGAUUGAAUUGGGUUACUCAGAAAAAUCCUUUUCACGUGUGUCAUCGCGCUGGGCUGGCCGCUAUCAGAAACUAUUUCAAGUGCUUUAAAUCCCAGCAUUUGGGGUCGAUGAGAGCAGAGCUUCUUGGCUGUACCUCAGUCUUGUAAUUCUGAGCUAGGAGUUAGUUUCAGCUAAGGUCCCUCCGACCUAUGAAAUGCCAACCGUAGCACCUUGGGGGCGUGGUUACUGUCUUUGGGCACUGGGAAGUGCAGUUUUCUGGGGGACCAGGCCUGAUAAUAACCAUAAAAGGCUUGGUUCUCUCAAUUCUGAAGCCAUGUUCUAUUGACCUUCCUCUAAGAGCAGUACCCACGUUGUGCGGAAUACGUGGUUCUCGAGGCCAAGUCCUCUGCUUCCUAGGCCCUUUCAUUGGCCCCGCCCCCGUAAACCUUGCUCGUCCACUGGAAAGGCCCUCUUGGCUGCAGGCCACACCCUCUCACGUCGGCUCCGCCUACCCAGCCCGUAGUGUGGCCCGGGCGGUAGUUCGCGUUUUGAGCCGCUCGUGCCACCAUAGCUGCCUGUGCCGCUGCCGCGGCGGAGCAAAAAUUGCCGAGCGCGAUGCCUGAGGGCGCCGUCAGCCGGGUGCCCCUCGCGCCCCGGGGCUGGUCAGUGAGAGGGCAUAUUGGAAGGCCCUGUGGAGUGGGAAGGCAGUGCUGCUGUUGAGACAAGUCUCAGGCCUGGGCCCGGGACUGUCCCAAGAGGCUCCUCAUCAUGAUGGCUGUGGAAGGGUCAACCAUUACCAGCCGGAUCAAGAACCUGCUGCGAUCCCCAUCCAUCAAAUUACGCAGGAGUAAGGCAGGAAACCGACGCGAGGACCUCAGCUCCAAGGUGACCUUGGAGAAGGUGCUGGGAAUAACAGUUUCUGGAGGCAGAGGACUUGCCUGUGACCCCCGAUCAGGUUUAGUUGCCUACCCAGCUGGGUGUGUGGUCGUGUUGUUCAACCCCCGGAAACACAAACAGCACCAUAUCCUCAACAGUUCCAGGAAAACCAUCACUGCCCUUGCCUUCUCCCCUGAUGGCAAGUACUUGGUCACUGGAGAGAGUGGGCACAUGCCUGCCGUGCGGGUUUGGGACGUGGCUGAGCAUAGUCAGGUGGCAGAGCUGCAAGAGCAUAAAUAUGGGGUGGCUUGUGUGGCCUUCUCCCCUAGCGCCAAGUACAUCGUCUCUGUGGGCUACCAGCAUGACAUGAUUGUCAACGUUUGGGCCUGGAAGAAAAACAUUGUAGUGGCCUCCAACAAGGUAUCCAGUCGAGUAACAGCAGUGUCCUUUUCUGAAGAUUGCAGCUACUUUGUCACUGCAGGCAACCGGCACAUCAAAUUCUGGUAUCUUGAUGACAGCAAGACGUCAAAGGUGAACGCCACUGUGCCCCUGCUGGGCCGCUCAGGGCUGCUGGGGGAACUACGGAACAACCUGUUCACUGAUGUGGCCUGUGGCCGAGGAAAGAAGGCAGAUAGCACUUUCUGCAUCACGUCCUCUGGGCUGCUAUGCGAGUUCAGUGAUCGGAGGCUUUUGGACAAGUGGGUGGAGCUGAGAACCACAGUAGCCCACUGCAUCUCUGUGAGCCAAGACUACAUCUUCUGUGGCUGUGCUGAUGGCACCGUGCGCCUUUUCAACCCCUCUAACCUGCACUUCCUCAGCACCCUGCCCCGACCCCAUGCCCUGGGGACAGACAUUGCCAGCAUCACUGAGGCCAGUCGCCUCUUCUCUGGAGUGGCCAAUGCCAGGUAUCCAGACACCAUUGCCUUGACCUUCGAUCCUACUAAUCAGUGGCUGUCUUGUGUGUAUAACGACCACAGCAUUUAUGUUUGGGACGUGAGAGAUCCCAAGAAAGUGGGCAAGGUGUACUCGGCUCUGUACCAUUCCUCCUGUGUCUGGAGUGUGGAGGUCUACCCUGAGGUGAAGGACAGUAACCAGGCCUGCCUGCCCCCUAGUUCCUUCAUUACCUGUUCCUCAGACAACACCAUCCGCCUGUGGAACACAGAAAGCUCCGGAGUACAUGGCUCCACCUUGCACCGAAACAUCCUCAGCAAUGACCUCAUUAAGAUCAUCUAUGUGGAUGGGAACACUCAGGCCCUGCUGGACACUGAGCUGCCUGGAGGAGACAAAGCCGAUGGGUCCCUGGUGGAUCCCCGUGUGGGCAUCCGCUCUGUGUGUAUCAGCCCCAAUGGACAGCAUCUAGCUUCAGGGGACCGUAUGGGCACACUUAGGGUGCACGAAUUGCAGUCCCUGAGUGAGAUGCUGAAGGUGGAGGCCCAUGACUCAGAGAUUCUGUGCCUGGAGUACUCUAAGCCAGACACGGGUCUGAAGCUGCUAGCGUCAGCGAGCCGGGACCGGCUGAUCCACGUGUUGGAUGCUGGGCGGGAGUACAGCCUACAGCAGACUCUGGAUGAGCACUCAUCCUCCAUCACUGCUGUCAAGUUUGCAGCCAGCGACGGGCAAGUCCGCAUGAUCAGCUGUGGAGCAGACAAGAGCAUCUACUUCCGCACUGCACAGAAGUCUGGAGAUGGAGUACAGUUCACACGGACACACCACGUGGUACGGAAGACGACCCUCUAUGACAUGGAUGUGGAGCCCAGCUGGAAGUACACGGCCAUCGGCUGUCAGGACCGAAAUAUUCGGAUAUUUAACAUCAGCAGUGGGAAGCAGAAGAAGCUGUUUAAAGGGUCGCAGGGUGAGGAUGGCACGCUCAUUAAGGUGCAGACAGACCCCUCAGGGAUCUACAUCGCCACCAGCUGUUCUGACAAGAACCUCUCUAUUUUUGACUUCUCCUCAGGCGAGUGUGUGGCCACCAUGUUUGGCCACUCAGAGAUUGUCACUGGCAUGAAAUUUAGUAAUGACUGCAAACAUCUCAUCUCUGUGUCAGGGGACAGCUGCAUAUUUGUAUGGCGCCUGAGCUCUGAGAUGACCAUCAGCAUGAGGCAGCGUCUGGCCGAGCUGCGCCAGCGUCAGCGAGGGGGCAAGCAGCAAGGACCGUCUUCUCCCCAGAAGCCUGCUGGACCCAACCGGCACCAGCCCCCAUCAAUGUUCUCUCCUGGACCAGCUCUUUCAUCAGACAGUGACAAGGAGGGAGAAGACGAGGGCACUGAAGAGGAAGAACUUCCAGCUCUGCCUAUCCUUUCCAAGAAUACCAAGAAAGAGCCAGCCUCAGUCCCCAGCCCAGCCCUGCCUCGAAGCCUGUCCCAUUGGGAGAUGAGUCGGACACAGGAGACGGUGGACUUCCUGGACCCAGCUCCUGCAGCCAACCCAGGACCCAGAAGAAGGGGGCGCUGGGCUCAGCCAGGUGUAGAACUAAGUGUUCGCUCCAUGCUGGACCUGCGGCAGCUGGAGACACUGGCCCCAAGCCCUCGGGGCCCCAGCCAGGACUCGUUGGCCAUGACCCCAUCUGGUGCUGGGAAACAUGGUCAGCAGGCCCCUGAGUCUUCACAUACUAGCCAGAAUGAAAAGCCCCCUCGGCCUCAAACUUCCCAACCUUGUUCCUGCCCCCACAUUAUUCAAUUGUUGUCACAAGAGGAAGGGGUCUUUGCCCAAGAUCUGGAACCUGCACCCACUGAAGAUGGUAUUGUCUACCCGGAGCCAAGUGACAGCCCCACCAUGGAUACCAGUGAGUUCCAGGUGCAGGCUCCAGCCCGAGGUACCCUGGGAAGAAUGUACCCAGGCCGCAGGGGCUCAGAAAAGCACAGCCCUGACAGUGCCUGCUCUAUGGAUUACAGCAGCAGCUGUCUUUCUAGCCCUGAGCACCCCAAUGAAGACUCUGAGAGCACGGAGCCCCUGAGUGUGGAUGGCAUCUCCUCAGACCUUGAAGAGCCAGUCGAGGGUGAUGAAGAAGAGGAAGAAGAAGAGGGAGGCACUGGCCUCUAUGGGCUGCCUGAGGGCAGCCCCCAUACCCCGGAUCAGGAACAGUUUCUAAAACAGCACUUUGAGACUCUGGCCAAUGGAGCUGCUCCAGGGGGCCCGGUCCGGGUACCGGAGAGGACAGAGUCUCGGAGCAUCUCCGCACGAUUCCUGUUGCAAGUACAGACCCCCCCACUCAGGGAACCAUCCCCAUCCUCCUCAAGCCUGGCAUUGAUGUCGAGACCAGUCCAGGUGCCACAGGCAUCUGGUGAGCAACUGAGAGGCAGUGGUGCCAGUCCCCCAGGAGCACCCCCAGAGGUGGAACCCUCCUCUGGCAACCCCAGCCCCCAGCCGGCAGCCCCUGUGCUGUUGCCACGACGCCGUCUCAAGCCUGAUAGCAGCUGGGCUCCCAAGAGAGUGGCCACAGCCAGCCCCUUAGCUGGACUCCAGAAAGCCCAAUCUGUGCACAGUCUGGUGCCACAGGAUGAGGUCCCUUCACCAGGCCCAUUGCUCUCACGGGAGAUUGAGGCUCAGGAUGGCCUGGGCACCCUGCCCCAGGCUGAUGGCCGUCUGUCUCGGCCCCGCUCCUACCAGAACCCAACCACCAGUUCCAUGGCCAAGAUAUCCCGCAGUAUCUCUGUUGGGGAGAACCUGGGCCUGGUGGCUGAACCUCAAGCUCCUGCCCCCAUCCGAGUCUCACCACUCAGCAAGCUGGCCCUGCCCAGCCGGGCUCACCUGGUCCUGGACAUCCCCAAACCACUGCCUGACCGCCCUACCCUGGCUGCAUUCUCACCUGUAACCAAGGGCCGGCCCCCUGGUGAGGCAGAACAGCCUGGCUUCCCAGCGGGCCUAGGAAAGGCUCACAGUGCAUCUGAGAGACGGCCCUGUUUGGGGGAGGGUACCACUCCUAGGCCUAGGACAGAGUACCAGGCUCAUCCUGGGCCCAACAGCCCCUGUGCCCAGCAACUGCCAGUCAGCAGCCUCCUCCGAGGCCCUGAGAACUUGCAGCCCCCACCCCCUGAGAAGACUCCCAACCCCACGGAAUGCACCAGGCCAGGGGCAGCCCUGAGCCAGGACUCAGAACCAGUGGUGAGCCUGGAGCAGUGUGAACAACUUGUGGCAGAGCUCCGCGGCAACGUGUGCCAGGCCGUGCGGCUCUACCACUUGGUGGCCGGCUGCAAGACACCCUCAGUGGAGCAAAGUCGGAUCACUCAGCUCCUGAGAGACACCUUCUCUUCAGUGCGGCAGGAGCUAGAGGCCCUGGCCGGUGCAGCGCUGUCCAGCCCAGGCGGGAGCCCUGGGUCUGUGGGAGCCGAGCAAACGCAGGCCCUCCUAGAGCAAUACUCAGAGCUGUUGCUUCGAGCUGUGGAGCGGCGCAUGGAACGCAGACUCUGAGUUCCAGAAGCCUGUCCCAAGUGAAGGCUCCCCGUAUUCCAAACUGUAGUCCCUCCUCCACUCACCAAAACCUCGGGGACGCUUGGAGUGGAAAGCAGGGAUCAGUGCUCAGAGGUGAAGCGGCUUUCCCAGCUGCUCCCAACUGUAUUUAUUAAUUUAUUUCCCUGACUGUUGCCUCACUUCCUUGGAACUCCUGCCUCCACAGCCCCUCCAGUGGCAGGGAGAGGUCUUUGGUCUUCGUCAUCUUGGUGCUGUGAGGGGUAGGAGGGCAGCCUGCCCCAUCUGGGGGGAACUGGGAAGGGCUGGCCCUCUCUUCUUAGAAGCCAUUUGAAAUUACUGCAGGGAUCAGCUCCCUGGGGUGGAGCAUACACAGGGUACUCUGUGGGGUAGAGGUGAGAGGUGAUGUGGUAUUCAGUGCCCUUCAGCCAACUGCAGGCCUUCACCUCUACCUCCACUUCCCUCCCACACCAGCUGUACUCCCCUGGCUGCCAAGCAGGGGUUGUUUUCUCCAAUUCCUGGCAGUUCAGAAAGGCAGAGUUGUCUGGCCCUCCAGCGUAUCCCCAGACAUUAGGAGACUUGAGUUGGUAUUAGGACCUGAGCCCCCACAUUCCACUCCCAUUCUCCCUCCAAGAGGGCCCUAGCAUUUUCUCUAUCCCUGUGCCCCCCUUUCUCUCCUGGCCAGAACUUGUGGAGCCAGCCGUGGGACAUUGCUGCAGGACAGUAAAGCCCUCUGCUGGGCAGACAUGAAGCUCUGGUCGCCUUUCCUCAGCCCCUUGGCCUUCCCUGUCCUCCAACCCCGGACCCCAGCAGGCUGCUGGAGUCCAGAGGCCACCUUUUCCCUGCAUCCUGAGUGAUGCUCAGUCAGAAGUCUCUGUUGGAAUUUCCCUCAUGGUUUACAGGGCGCUGGCCCACCACCUUCUGGGGACCUUGGCCACAGAGGAAAUCACACACACACACACACAAACACACACACGACUGUUCAUUGCUAGAGUACUUGGCUCCCUGAUGUGUUCUUGGUUUCCUCUCAUAUACUGUCUCAGCCUCACCACCCUGGCUUAUGUGGAGCACGUAAGGAGCAUGGAAAGGGAUGGGACACACUACACCUGGAUUCUGGAUUCUUGGUGUCCACAGCCUAGCUGAUACAAGAUGGCCCAUAGGACACCUGGUUUGGGUAGGAGCCUCGUUAGACGCAGUGCUGGGCAGCCAAGGGUGUGCUGGAUAUUGGAGGUUAAGGGGAGGGAGGCGCAGGGGCCAAGAGAGAGACUGGAAAAGUGGUAGGUGGGACAGGUAAGUGGCAAAGGUGAGGGGUUAGGUUAGAAUCAGUAGGGGCAGUUGUGAGGGGUGAGGGAAGAAGAUAGGACACAAUAGGUAGUGUAGGACCAAGUAGUGGGGCAGGUGAAGAGUGAAGAACGUAUCUGGGCCCUGUGGCUUCCCUCUGCACCAGGUAAGUCAGGGCAGCUUUACAACACAGCAUCAGGCCACAAAAGCCCUCUCACUCAAGCUGCUAGCUCUGUAGGCAGAGGCUUAUAAAGAGAUGGCUUCAGAAGGGUGCCCAGCUCCCUUGUAUCAGCCCGAGUGCACUUGAGCAGCUCAAAACCUGGCUCAACCCCACUUCUCUACUUCUACCACCUGCAUGGCCCCAAGAACCCUGGCAGCUGGGGCUGGACCCCUGGCAGGCCUGCUGCUGCCUGUGGCUCCCGCCCGGCACACCAGCCACCUGCCCACCGCAGGUAGGGCUCACGCUCAUCCUUCUGGGCCAGGGCCUUCAUGAGGAGGUAGCUACCUACCCUCUGGCUAAGGUUUGUGAGAAGGUGGCCGCCCUCUCCUUGCCCUCUGCCCAACGUGGUGGAGGGAUCUCGUGGCCGGGCGGCACCUCAUCUUUACCCCCCAGCCCCCUCCACCCCCGCCCAUCCUCUUCUGCAUGUCUGAGGCCACCGGCAACGUCCAGAUUUGCCCUGCCCGCCCGUUUUGAAAGCCCCUUAUUUAUAACUUUUAUACUUUGUCCAGGCCGUGGCGCUUCCCUCCUCCCCGGCUGCACGGGGCGGGGACUGUUUUUAACAUGUCGGUUUGUACUGAUGUAUGAACUUGUCAAUAAACACAAUCAUUUGUUAA